UAUUCGCGUUUCGUGCUCGAAUUAAAGAGCGAGCGAAGAGUCUAGCGCUAAAAGAACGAGACGGCGCUAGACUAGCGAGAACUGCGGGAACUGCGCAAACUUGGCCGAGCGACAGUCAUGCUGAGUACCGACUAGCGACUCCGGGGACAGUUGUUGGACCGUCUGAACUGUUGGAGGCCGUACUACCUAUAUACGACUCGCCCAAGCUAGUUACUACCAUCUCGGCCCUGCGCAAUUACUGCUGCGAGUCGCGACAUCCAAGUGACGAUUCUGCCGUUUUACCUGCUCGCUCCAACAGAGAGGACUACCCUCUUAGGCCUCUCAGCAGUCUUUGCCCGUAGCCGAUUCACGCACGUCAACACAAACCUACACUACAGGCAAGAGUGAGCCAGCCGAGCGACGAGCAGCAGUAGUAGUAGCAGCAGCAGCAGCAGCAGCAGCAGCAGUUGGCACAGGCAGUAAAACAGAGUCGCCCCCACCUACGCACGCAGUUAUAUAUUUGCACACUACGAUACUCGACAGUCGCUGAUCAACUCAGAGAGAGAUCCUCAAAUGGCGCUCAAGCGGAUCAACAAGGAACUCCAGGAUCUGGGAAGAGACCCACCUGCACAAUGUUCAGCUGGUCCAGUGGGGGAUGAUUUAUUCCAUUGGCAAGCUACCAUAAUGGGUCCUCCUGACAGCCCCUACCAAGGAGGAGUUUUUUUCCUUACAAUUCACUUUCCUACAGACUACCCAUUCAAACCUCCAAAGGUGGCUUUCACAACUAGAAUUUACCAUCCUAAUAUCAAUAGUAAUGGUAGCAUUUGUUUGGAUAUUUUAAGAUCGCAGUGGUCUCCUGCACUCACCAUUUCGAAAGUGCUCUUGUCCAUAUGCUCUUUGCUGUGUGAUCCAAAUCCAGAUGAUCCUUUGGUGCCAGAGAUAGCCAGGAUAUAUAAAACUGACAGAGAAAAAUAUAAUGAACUGGCUCGUGAAUGGACGCGCAAGUAUGCUAUGUGAUCCUCUUACAUCUGUUAACCUCAACAUCUGUAUGCCACCAUCAAACAGUCCCCGCCUAAAUGCCAUGUAUCAUCAGUACUGAUUCAACCUAUGGCUCGUUUGUCUUCUUAUAAAUGAAUGUAAACGUCGUUCAAAUUAGACUUGCGAGCUUAUCGCAGGGUAUCACAGGCCAGCUGUGAUGGUUUCAAUAAGAAAAUUUCCUCCUCCCUGGAUACCCUGCGCUAUUUAUCAUGUCAGUGCCACUAUUGGCAAUAAGAAGGCGAUUUACGAAGGAUUUAAGUAAAAAAGGUGGUUUCGAACUUUGAAUUUUUAAUUAUCAAUCAUGAAUUUUAAAAAACAUUAAGGAUCAAAGAAAUACCUGCGUAAAAGACAGGAUUGAGAAAUUUUAAAUACAGCAUAUUGUUCGCUUUAAUUUCACAGUAAUAAACGAGACCUAUGGGAAAAAAUUACAAUAUGUCGAGUGAAAGUAGGAUUUUUAUUUGAAUUAAAUAGUCUAAUUAUUAUGAUCGUACUUAUAACGCUGUAAUAUCUUGGUAUAUAUUUAUAUAUGCCCACCAUUUUCAAAAUGAAAAUGAAUACAGAAAAACGUUGUAUGUAAGCGUGUAAGAAUAUAUAAAAUGUGGACAAAUAUUGUGCAAAUUAGAAACAAAAUACCCGUGCACUGACUAUUAGUCUUAAACGUUCUAAGCGAUCUACGCCCGUCCUUCGAUACAAUACGGUCAUUUUUUUGUAAGACUGGGCUCUAUAUAUAAAUAUUUCUGAAAAAAGAUAACGAUCAUGUUUUUUCUUUUUACUUCACAUUCACUACUUAUUACUUAAUAAUGUCUUAUUUAUUGUUUGUCUAAUUCAACUGCCUGAUGAAUAAAUAUUUUUAAAUCAAAUUCUACGAGUAACUCGUUUAAAAUGUUCAAUGAUUUUUAUUAUAAUUAGUAAUGUAUGUGUACAUGUGCAUGAUAGGGCGAGGAAUGGUUAAAACACUGACAACGCAAAAUUUAUUCGUUUAGUUGUAUAAUACUUCAAUGAUAUCGUUUAAUACCUUUAGCACGAAAAGGGUAUGAGAAGUUAUUAUGAACAAAUUCGUAUUACUGAUGAUAUAUUACUCUACUUGUGACUUCAAGUGAGAAAAAAGCCUAAAUGAUCAAAUUUCUAAUCUAAAUCGCUCAAAAAGGUAAACAUAUUUAUUGCUGGUUUCUAUUUUUGUGAAGUAAUAAUAACAAAAAAGGAAACAAUCAGUACUAUGACUUGCCCUUAGGAGUUGAAUCUGAGCAUUUUAGAGUGAUUUCUUUAAAUAAUAAAACUAUAUAGAUAGAUACUGCGUAGGUUCUGUAAAUCAGUUGUUCAUGGCUUCGAAAUACCUUUGUGAAAAAUAUGAAGGAGAGACAGUACGUGCGAAAGAGCGAUAGAGUACAAUUUUGUCACGAGCACUAGACGAGUUCAUGCUCGUCCAAAAAAUACAAUAUCGCGUUUAUACUUGUAAUUACGAUGAAAUCCUUCGGAAUAAAUAUUGAAAUAAAAAAAUUUCAAAAAAUACUACAUGUCUUGUCACCAUCGUAACAUGUAAUGUUGAUAUCGCAUGAUUUAACAUACUAUUGUACAGUUAUCGAAUAUUUUUUGUACCUAAUGCAAUAUUUUCUCAAUCUACGCUUACAUGAUUUUGGAGAUCCACGCAUUUGUUCAAUAGUCUGCAUGAUAGGUAUUAAUUUUCAAGUCUAUUGCACGUUUUCAAGUAAUAUUGAUAAUUUUCGAUUUGUUUUUUGUCUUCACAAAACAUCGCGAUUUUUUUUUAGAAAAAAAAACGGAAAAAAAAUUUACGAACGUGUGAAUAACUGUAUUCUCAUCCAAUGUAAAGAUUACCACUGACUUCUAUUUCUUCGUGUUUAAAAUUAAUUAUUGUUGGUUUAUGCGUGGAUACGGAUUUGUGAGGUACUCAGAGCGACUCAUCCUGUCAAUGUUUCAUUUGUAUAAUUGAUAAUGAUCAAAAUCAAGAUCAUUGAAUAUUUUUUUUUUAAGUUUCAUCGUUUUAAUUCCGUUUAUCGCAGUGUGUUAUUUUCAAAAAAAAAAAAAAUAAUAAUAAAAUAAAUAAUAUUAUUUUUUAAAAAUUGAGUUGAUCCGAAAACAAAUAAUCUUUUAUUUAAAUCAAAAAUAAACUUACUAAAAUAGAUGGAACAAUGUAAACGUGUGAAUUAUAAAAAAAAUUAAGACAAAUAAAUUUUGCCGCACCUGUGA